AAUGUGAACUAGAGGAAGAGUGAAGCAGAUGCACAAGCAAGUAUUGUUAUCAUCCUACAUGUUAAGAGAAAAAAGUUGGUAUAUAAAGAGGAACAACUGCAAGUAUAACAACUGAAGUUUACUGGCAUACUAUUAUAAAAAUGCAGUGUGUUAAAGAAGAGUUUAAAGAGGAGUGUGAAGACAUCAGUAUUACAGAAUCAUGCAGAAUGAAACAUGAAGAUACUGAAGAACAAAGAGUUUUAAUUUUAGACCUGACUGAAGCAAAAGAAGAAAGUCAAGAACUUGAUGAAGUGAAAGAUAAACGCCUUCAGUAUCACACAUUUGAAUAUUUCAAAAAGAGUGAAGAGCCUUUUAGUGGUUUAAAGACAGAAAAUAAUUUCUCAAAAAAAAGAACUAAAAGAACAAGAGUAAAACAUACUUUCACCUGCUCUCACUGUGGAAAGAGCUUCACACUCAAAGGAAACCUUCAAACUCACUUAAGACUUCACACUGGUGAGAAGCCUUUCACCUGCCUUCAGUGUGGAACAAGUUUUGCACAAAAAGGAGAUCUUAAGGGUCACAUGAGAAUUCACACUGGAGAAAAGCCUUUCACCUGCUCUCAGUGUGGAAAGAGUUUCUCAGUGAGAGCAAACCUUAAGAGUCAUCUGCGACGUCACUCCGGAGAGAAGCCUUUCACAUGCCUUCACUGUGGCAAGAGUUUCUCAAUGAGAGCAACCCUUAAGAGUCAUCUGCGACUUCACACUGGAGAGAAGCCUUUCACAUGCCUUCGGUGUGGAAAGAGUUUCAUACAGAAAGGACAUCUUCAGCGUCACAUGAGUAUUCACACUGGAGAGAAACCUUUUACAUGUCCUCAAUGUAGAAAGAGUUUUGCACGAAAAGGACAUCUUCAGCGUCACAUGAGAAUUCACACUGGAGAGAAACCUUUCAUCUGUUCUCACUGUGGAAAGAGUUUCACACAAGCAGGCAAUCUUUCAGUUCAUCUUCGCUAUCACUCUGGAUUAAGACCAUUUAACUGUGAUCAGUGUGGCAAGACAUUUAUUGGUGCAUCACAGCUGAAGUUACACCUGAUAUCUCAUGCAAAUGAGAAGCCUCAUGUGUGUUCUUUUUGCGGAAAGAGUUUUAUUACUUCAGGACACCUGAAAGCACAUUUGAGAAUGCAUACUGGAGAGAAGCCAUACCACUGUACUUCAUGUGGGAAGAGUUUCACUCAAUCAAGUAGUCUGAAGAUUCAUUUAAAAAAGCGUUGUCCAAAACUGUCAUUUUGAGCUAAUUUAAUUUCCAGGUCAACACUUUGUGACACUUCAGUCUUCAAUAGUGAGUUCAACUUAAUUCAGUUCACUAGAUCAAGAAAUUUCUUCCCUCCUAGAUAUUCCACGAUAAACUGUAAGUGGUAUUUUUGCAAAGUGGAAGCGUUUAGGAACCACAGAAACUUAGCCAUGAAUUGGCAGUCCAUGUAAAGUUACAGAGCGUGGUCGCCAAGUGCUGAGGUGCAUAGUGCAUAAAAUGCUCUGCUGACUCAAUAACUGCAGAGUUCCAGACCUCCUCUGGCAUUAACAUCAGCACAAAAACUGUGUGCCGGGAGCUUCAUGGCAUGGGUUUCCAUGGUCAAGCAGCUCUAUGCAAGCCUUAUCACUAAGCACAAUGCCAAGCGUCGGAUGGAGUGGUGUAAAGCAUGGUACCACUGAACUCUGGAGCAGUGGAAACAUGUUCUGUGGAGUGAUGAAUCACGCUUCUCUAUCUGGCAGUCUGAUUGAUGAGUCUGGGUUUGGCAAAUGCCAGGAGAACAUUUCCUGCCUGACUGCAUUGUGCCAACUGUAAAGUUUGGUGGAGGAGGGAUAAUGCUAUGGGGUUGUUUUCUGGGGUUGGCCUAGGCCCCUUAGUUCCACUGAAGGGAAAGCCUCCGCUUACCAAGACAUUUUGGAAAAUUCUAUGCUUCCAACUUUGUGGAACAGUUUGGGUAAGGCCCUUUUCUGUUCCAGCAUAACUGUGCCCCAGUGCACAAAACACGGUCCAUAAAGGCAUGGUUGGAUGAGUAUGUGUGGAAGAUCUUGGCUGGCCCAGACAGAGUCCUGACCUCAACCCUAUCGAACAUGUUUGGGAUGAACUAGAACAGAGAUUGUGAGCCAGGCCCUCUCGUCCAACAUCAGUGUCUGACCUCACAAAUGCUCUUCUAGAAGAAUGGGCAAAAAUUCCAACAGACAAAAUCUUGUAGAAGCCUUCCCAGAAGAGUGGGGACCAACUCGAUAUGAAUGCCUAUGGAUUUAGAAUGGGAUGUCAUAAAAGUUCCUGUAGGUGUAAUGUGUAGGUGUCCCAAUACUUUUGUCUAUAUAGUGUAGCUAUAAAUGCUAUUUUCUUUUCCAAAGCUAGCCUAGAUGGGAUUUAUGAUAAAUCAAUUGCCUAAGUAGGGUGCUAUUUAAUUGAAAUUAGGGAAAUGUUUAAUUUUACAUGAAUUGGUGCUAUUUUAGUGCAUUUCUAUCUUUAUACUGUGGAAGGCUUUGUUUAUAAAAUAAGUAAAUAUAACGUCAAAUUUCAAAAAUACAAAAAAAUAUGUGAUUUGAAUCAACUGACAGCACUAAUUCUGAGGUUUCUGGAAUGCCCAUAUUAGUCUCUUCCGGAGCCUCUUAGUCAGACAACGACUUUUUUGUAGUCCCUGUUGUCUUGUCUGUAAAAUAUCCAUACAUACCCCAUUCUCUGUUAUAUACACUCACCUAAAGGAUUAUUAGGAACACCAUACUAAUACUGUGUUUGACCCUCUUUCACCUUCAGAACUGCCUUAAUUCUACGUGGCAUUGAUUCAACAAGGUGCUGAAAGCUUUCUUUAGAAAUGUUGGCCCAUAUUGAUAGGAUAGCAUCUUGCAGUUGAUGGAGAUUUGUGGGAUGCACAUCCAGGGCACGAAGCUCCCGUUCCACCACAUCCCAAAGAUGCUCUAUUGGGUUGAGAUCUGGUGACUGUGGGGGCCAUUUUAGUACAGUGAACUCAUUGUCAUGUUCAAGAAACCAAUUUGAAAUGAUUCGAGCUUUGUGACAUGGUGCAUUAUCCUGCUGGAAGUAGCCAUCAGAGGAUGGGUACAUGGUGGCCAUAAAGGGAUGGACAUGGUCAGAAACAAUGCUCAGGUAGGCCGUGGCAUUUAAUCGAUGCCCAAUUGGCACUAAGGGGCCUAAAGUGUGCCAAGAAAAC